UCAAACGGUCAACUUAAACGACAGAUUCCAUCGCCACGUCAUCAAAAUCAUCAUUCUGGUUAAUAACCUUCUCCCAGGGUUUAACUGGUAUGCGGCCUUUCGCCUUUCGCCUUUUGCCUUUCUUUCUUUCUAUUUCUACUGCAUUUUGCCCCAACCCUCAUCGAAUACACUUUCAUCAGAAUUGGGGGUUUGCGCAGAGAGGGCGGUGGGCAAUCCUGCAAUUUCUGCCCGAAACUCCUCCGCAAAAUUGAGUACCCGAAUACAUCUUUUUUCCGCCCUGUCCAUUGAUUUUUUUGCCAUCAACUUUGGUGCAGACAGGAAGUUUUUUGGCUCGAGUAAAAUCCAAAACACUUCAAUAGCUUUUCCUCUUUAGGUGAAUUUUUCGGCUUGAAAAUUGGUGCGGUCGGGCCAACUUAACCAAAGCCCACACGAUUCUGAGUAAUUUCGAGUUUCUGAGGUUUUUUUAGGGUUUUACAGCAUUUGCAAGUACAUUAGGGUUCUGCUGAAUGUUUUUUUAACGAUUGCUGAGCAACAUUGCCAUACGCUCAUAGUCAUAAUUGCUCUCUAUGUUGAGACAUUUGGGUUUGGUGGAGGCAUCGAUACCCGGGUUAGUUACUUUUCACACAUGGCAUCUGCACGGACAAGCACCGGUACAGGGACCAGCACGGAUGAUGGUCUUUUAAUUCGCGAGGUAUGGGCAGAUAAUCUUGAAGAAGAAAUCAAGUUAAUCAGUGAAAUCGUAGAUGAUUAUCCUUACCUAGCCAUGGACACAGAAUUUCCCGGGGUUGUUUCUAAGCCCGUGGGCAAUUUCAAAAGCGAUACAGAAUACAACUACGCCAGUCUCAGAGACAAUGUGAAUCUUUUGAAAUUAAUUCAAUUGGGUCUCGCAUUUUCUGAUAAGAAUGGCAAUUUGCCCAAAUGUGGGACCAAUCAGCAAUACGUGUGGCAGUUCAAUUUCAGGGAAUUCAAUAGCGAUAAUGAUAUGCAUAAUCCCGUUUCUAUCGAGCUGCUUAAGCAGAGUGGUAUUGAUUUUCGGAGGAAUGAACAACUUGGUAUUGAUUCCAGAGUUUUUGGGGAGCUUUUCAUGUCUUCUGGGGUGGUGCUAAAUGAGAAUGUGCAGUGGAUUACCUUUCAAGGGGGAUGUGAUUUUGGGUACCUGAUGAAAUUGCUUACGAACCAAGAUCUGCCGAAAGAUCAAGCUGAAUUUUUCAAGCUAUUUAAGACCUAUUUCCCUACAGCGUAUGAUAUCAAGUGUUUGAUUGAACUUUGCACUCGAGAUCUCCAUGGUGGAUUGAGCAAGCUGGCAGGGUUAGUGCAGGUGGAAAGGGUUGGACCUAGCCAUCAAGCUGGCUCUGAUAGCUUGCUUACUUCACGUAUUUUUUGGAAGCUGCAACAGGGCUUUAUCAAUGGAUCUAUUGAGCCUCAUUCUGGUCGUUUGUACGGUUUGGGUAUUGAGAAUGGGACCCCUAGUACUUGAUUACCCUUCUUUGUGUAUUCUCAUGACUUUGGUAUAAAAUCUUCUUUCAUGCGAUCUAUUUUUUCUCAUAAUAUCAAAAUACCUCAAUUCUUUAAA